AUGACUAACUCCAUUCCACUUCCUGAUCUUAAUUUGUUGUUGCAGAAACUAGAAGCUCGGCAGCUUUUGCGGCCCUUUGCCUUCUCACUUUCACUUCUCACUCAAAAGCUUGGUUUCAGCGACACGUUUGGAGCUUUUCUUGCUGGAGCACUUUUAGCGGAAACUAAUAGGCCAUCUAGAGGUUUUCUUCUUGGUUUGUUCUUUGUUACCACAGGAACUACCAUUGACAUGGAGGUUAUGUUCAGAAUAUGGCCUAAUGUUCUCACACUCUUGGCUGGUCUGAUUGUGAUCAAAACAUCGAUUAUAACCGCACUCGGUCCCAGAGUUGGACUCGGUUUCCUUCUCUCUCAGGGAGGAGAAUUCGCAUUCGUUGUCUUCUCUCUAGCCAACAGGUCCUUCUUCUUUCUAACUGUGCUUCCACUUGAGUUGAAUAAGCUUCUCAUAAUCGUAGUUGUUUUGUCAAUGGCGUUAACACCUACGCUUAACCAACAUGGAAGAAAGGCAGCUGACUUUAUUGAUGAGAAGCUUGGUAACGAAGAGAAUGUAGAUGAAGAAUUGAAAUUCAACGUUAAAGAAUCAGUUGUCCUCAUUGGAUUUGGACAAAUGGGUCAGUGGUUUCAUAUUGAGUUUGCAGGUGCUGGCGAACUUCUUGUCAACGCCAUUGGUCUCAGACUCUCAGGAGUAGAUAGUGAUCUUGUGGGAUGGCCUUACAUUGGUUUUGAUCUAAAUCCUGCUGUAGUGAAGGAGGAUGGGGUAGAUCUGGCGACUACUCUUAAGAUUGCAUAUUAUUAUCGACGUGGGAAGAAACUUGAUUACGUUUAUGAUUACACUCUGCCUACUCCCUUUGAGCUCAAAGAGUUUGAACAAUCACAAAGAUUGCUAGCCGCUGUUGUUUCUCCAGUCUUUCUCUCAACUCUAGACAACGGUACAGUAGAAAGAACACUUGGAGAAAUACCUUCAACGGGACCGGUUCUUUAUGUGAUGUUGUCUCCUACAGUACUCUGA